AUGGUAGACAUGGUCAAGAUCGAUGGUCGAACUGUCAAGUCGACAAGAUGCGCCACUGGCGAGGCCUGGCAAGAGUUGAUGCUCUCUUCUGACUAUCCAAAGCCAUGCGCCAACAAACCGGAGCAUACAUGCGGCAGUGGUAUAGCCUAUGUGUAUUUUGUCAGCUUCAUAUUCCUCUGCUCAUUCAUCAUGCUCAACCUCUUUGUGGCCGUCAUUAUGGAUAACUUUGACUACCUGACUCGAGAUUCCUCCAUCCUGGGCUCCCACCACUUGGACGAAUUUAUCCGCGUCUGGGCUGAGUACGACCCCGGUGCCACUGGCCGCAUUCAUCAUACGGAUAUGCUCGAGAUGCUGCGGAAACUCGAACCUCCGGUUGGAUUUGGAAUGAAAUGUCCGUAUCGUUUUGCCUACCGGGUAAGCGUAUUAUUUUACUAUUUAGCCUUUAAUUCGACAAAUUUGUGA